AUGCUAUUCUCCCGCGUGAGGACCGUCCCUCGACUCCGGAUUGCCCCUCGCAGUAGUCGUCGCCAGUCGCCUCCUCCCAAGCUCGCAGCCACCUUUUCUACGACUGCCUCCUUUCGCUAUGCAGCCCACCGAGAACCCAAUUACUAUGACAUCCUGGGAGUCCCGGUGACGGCAUCGGGAGCGGAGAUCAAGAAACAAUUCUACUCCCUCUCCCUUCGCCACCAUCCCGAUCGCAACCGUGACGAUCCCACCGCCUCCGAACGCUUCGCCCGCAUCUCCUCCGCCUACAAUGUCCUCGGCAACCACACCAAACGCGCCACCUACGAUCGAGACCACGGCAUCCUAGCCCAUCAUAUGUCCACUCACAGCACCGCUGCCCCCGGCCAGCACCCCAUGGGCAGUUAUAGCAGCCACAGCGCCAAUCUCCAUAACACAGGGGCGUCGUACGCCGGGUCCCGACCCGCCAGCGGCCUCAGUAAGCGACGCGGUCCCUUCCGGGGUCCGCCACCCAGUUUCUAUGCCCACGGGGGCUAUGGGAAUCGGAAACCGCCACCCGGGGCCGGGUUUGGGGCCGCUGGUGCUGGUGGUGCCGGUGCCGGUGCUGGAGCAAGUGGUCGUGUGCACGAAGACGAUCCCACGUCAUUCAUUGAUCGGAAUCCCGUGUAUCAUUUUAAUGCUCGGGGCCAUCACCGCACGCAGACGGCGGAGGAUGUUCGGCGACAGCAGCGCCGGUCUCGCGAAAUGGGAUCGGCGACGACCGACCAGUACAUCGGCACCUCGGGGGACUUUGCCAUGCGCUUCAUCGUGGUCUGCGGGAUGCUGGUGGUGACGGCUGGCCUGGCGGGUAUAACUCGAUCCUCGGCGGAGAAAGGUAGCAGGGUAGGCAAGCCCAUUGCGCGUCGGAAAGAAGAAUAG